CCGCAAAAAAGAUAUCAUGAGUACACAUUAAUUUGGAAAAUAAAUAAAUUAAAAAUUUAGAACAUUCAAUACAAACCCGCCCGACACACACACACACAAAAACCCAAUUGACUUGCAAAAAUUUCGCUUUUCAAAAUGGAUUUUUUCUUCAACAAUUACAAACCUGACGAUUCCGAAAUUUCCCUUGUCGGCAUAUCGAGCCAUAGCGCAGUAUCGGGCGUAGGACCCGGAAAUGCGCUCCCUAUUGCCGCCAUACCCAGCAUCACCAACACCUUGGAGCAGUGCAACAAGCCUGCCUGCGAUGAAGACGCCGACAUGCAGUGCAUCAUCGACUUGGUCACGGCAACCAUCUGCGAGGCUAAGGCCAUCAUUGAGUCUGAUCCGCGCGGUCUGUUCUGCUACAAGUAUCCCAAGAUGAGGCUCUCCAUUUUAAGCAUGGCCUCGGAAAACCACGGCGAUGGUAUGGCGCCCGGUGGCUCGUACUCAAGUCUAAAAACGACCGUUGUCUACGGGUUGCCGCUAUCAUCUGUCUCCAGUGGCAUUGCCCGCAAGGAUCUAACAAUUGAGAACUUUGAUUACAGCAAUGCCAUUGCUGACAUUCGGGAAUUCAUCAGCAGGUGGACGCUAUCGCCAGACACCAAAUGCGUGGUGGCCAGCAAUCCGAUACGCCACGAAGUUCCCGUCAAGGGUACCAUUUUCUUUGUCGAUGCCCACUUUUCGCGACCAACGCCACGUUGUCCCAAUCCCUUGGCCGUGGCCAAGGUGCGAUUCUUUGUGAGCGUAUCAAAGCUAAUGAUGCCCAGCUAUCCUGUUAUGAUCACCUACCGCUUCGAGGGCUACAACACACUAUACUAUGCCCUCGGGGAGCGUGCCCUCAACUUGCACCACUUCCAGCGCUUCUACAUCGACACCAUCUUGCACAGCAAGCUGAGCUUCUUUGCGGCAAUAGCCAAGUGUCGCCACGGCACCUUAGAGAACCCCAAGGAUAACAUCAGGCCAAAGAAAAGGACAAAAAGCCCGCAGCGAAACUGAAACGCUCGUGUUUUUUUCGU